AUCCCAUCUGAAUCACAAUCCUUCCAAAUCACAAUCAAGUAUGCCGCCACUUCAGACACUGAUUGCGCAAGGCCGGCAAAAGUCUUGCUCUGAAUGCGUAAAAGCAAAACGGGAAUGCGUAAAAGCAAAACGGGAAUGCGACAUCGGACAGCCGCGUUGUGCUCCCUGUAGCAGGGGGGAUCUCUUCGAACGUACCCUCGACAACCUGAUGUACCGACAGCACUGUCAGCACUCGAUAUCUCUAAGAAUCAGCUAGAUCAGUCGAUCGCAGCAACGGCCGAUUCACAGGAUACUGACGUCACAAUAACUCCAUUCGAUCUUGUAGAAAUCCACAUUCCCACAGCAUUCGAAGACCAGCUACUUGACUUUGAUAUGCCCACUGCUAUCACUUCAUUGGACUCCCUCGGUCACUUCAUGGGCGGCUCUAAUGACCAUGAUGAUCAGAUGGCGCUAAGCAAAUCCUACGGUUCGGGAAAACCCUCGAGCUUUUCAUGGACAAACAUUGGACCACUCGCCAGAUCAAGUAUCGGAUAUACAAUUGAUCAGAUCAAGCUAACAUCCAAGACGAUGGUGGAGACUAGUUCGACCCUCUGGUGUCAUACCGUGCUUUUUGACGAACGCAUGCCCUGGCCGCUGCAAGACGCACAUGCUGCCUGUGCUCUUUACAAUGCCAGAAACGACAUUAACGCCGAGUUCGUUGUCAAACAUAUCACAAGCCAGGUUGAUGAGCUCAUAAUCACGCCUCCGCCAAUUGCUUUGAUUGAUCUCAUAGCAAGGGCCCAUAUACUUUGGUGCUAUGCUUGGAAUGCUACAAUAGAUUCAGGAUUCGACGAACUGACGACAGCCCUUGUCCGACCGACUACGGCCAUUUAGCAACGCCGUGGCAAUGACACAGCAUAGUACUUAGUCUCGACUUGAUUGGGAGACCGAACCGAAGCAGAGUCUCGAUGCGCUCGCGAUGUCCGCGUGGAUAAACGCUAGGGUCAUAUUGGAGACCAUCUACUUUCAUUGUUUGGAAGAGCAAUGGGUGUGCCAAUCAGGCCUUUUCUGCGAUACGCGGACGAAGCUAAUAACUAGUACUUCGCUGUGGGUGCUGGGGUGCUCGGCG